AUGGGUUGCUGCUUCAGCACCAACCAACCCCAAAAUGAACCUCAGCACCCACAACCCCACCGUGGAUCCCUUCAACAAAACUGCAGAAUCAGAACCCCACAACCCCUUGAAGAGGAAUAUGUGAAAGAGGUUCUUUCUGAAAUACCCAUCUCCAAACUGCAACAAAUUCCAACUUUUAAGCCACAGAUGAAGACCCAAUUGCCCGUUAUUCAGCCCCCAGAGGUGCCCGUGAAAAAAGUUUUGGAACCUGAGGAAGUGUCUCUUGUGUCGGAAACAUGCAGCAACGGUGAGAGUUUCUCCACCACCACCACCGCCACCACGACGACGGUCACAGAAAACCGAGAAGAUGAAGCCACAAGCAAGAGAAGCAACGUAACUCGGAACCGGAAGCGUUCCUACGCCGUGAACGGCAAUAGAAUCAGCUCCGGGGACCGGAGGCAGAAAUCUCCGGCGAGAAAGCCAGAAAUUCCGGUGAGGUCACGGCCGGUUCCCCGGAGAGAUUCUGAUCAGGUACGCCGUCUUUCCGGCCAGGGGUCCAUCCGACGGUCGAGGUCACCAUCGCGUGGAGGCCGGAGUAAUAUCCGGUCGCCGACGCGGAAGGUUCCGGUGACUAAAGAUGUCGUGCAGAGAAACGACGGCGGUUCGAUUAAGGAGUCAUUAGAGAACCCACACGUGUCAUUGGAGUGCUUUAUUUUUCUGUAG